AUGCCACAUCACGGUUUCCUACCAACUUUUGGCCCAUCCUUCAUCAAUCUUUACGGAUCGCCGCGCGAAUUCAGCGAUGGACCUGACAAAUUUGAAGCCUUGAAUUUGGCCAAAGGAGAGGGUUGCGCUUACAGAGGCCGCGUGCUUUGUGAGGUUCAAACAGAACUUCUGGACGAAAUGCAACAAUCUGGAGUCACUCCAAUGUCUGAGGACAUGAAAGUUCAUGUUAAUAAAUACAUGCGGCGACGGAAAUACGUACUUCACGCCGCCUUCUUUCAUGCCAACAUGAUUAGCAUUGAUGACGCCCCAAUUGAAUUUGAAGUCAGCAUUGGGAACUACGGCAACAACCUUGAUGAGACUGUACCACCCUGUGCAUCGACCACUCCACCGACCAACGCUGUGUUCGACGGUUGCUAUUACAACUUCUUGCCCUGGGGCGACACCAAACCGUGCACCGUUGUUGAGUGCCAAUGGGAGGACAUCUCCUUCCGUCUUUAUGCUGUCAACAUGAUAACGCGGAUUGCUGAUAACUUGGAGUAUGGUCUUGAAAACAUCGAAGUGAGCAUGAAAGUGGAUCUGGCAGAAGAGGACUUGGCAAGCACGGUGAUUGCAACCCUUGACCAAUUCAUAAUGGACUGUCAAACUCCAUUGCCCGAGUGGACGGAGGGAUGCACUCCUGUAAACAACUUGGAUCAGAAGUUAAUGAAACUACGCCACGACGACCUGGAGCAACUCAAGGCCCAGGCUGUCAAGCUUCGUGAAGAGGCCACGAGUGCUGAAGAUGUUGUCAAAGAGCUAAAGGUCUACCUUGAAACUUUGCGCAAAAUUUUUGUCGAGCCACAAAACAGCAUGCCAGACGUUGUUAUAUGGAUGAUUGCCUCUGAGAAAAGAAUUGCCUACUUCCGUAUACCGGCAUAUGAUUUACUCUUCUCAGAAAAUCAGAUGUAUCGUGGUCGUUAUUGUGGUGAGGUUCGGACUAUAAUGCUCAAAGUAAGGAAAGAUCUCACUAGCUUACUUCAUACUUUGCAUUGUUCUCUUGCCACUUCUCUGACGCUUAUGUGUACCUCCAUCCAGUACGAGAACGAGGCCCAAAUAGUGGGUAAGUGGUCCUCGCGUCGACCACCACUAACCCGCCCCAACUACACCGACUGUACUGGACACCUCGAAACGCCGAAAGAGAACUUCAUUCCGCCCCUUGGCUGGAAGUGGGAAGGUGACUGGUAUAUUAGCCCAGAAUUCUCACUCAUGUUUAAGAAGGAUACCGGGGCAACAAGCUUCAUGGAGGAUGUGUUCUAUAACGAAAAACGCACCCCAAUCUCUGGUUGGGAGAAAGCAUCACUAGCGUACACAGACGCUCAGGGCUACGAAAAGCCAAGUCCAGAUGAGACUGAACUUCCUAGUGGAUGGGUUUGGGAGGACGAUGCCUGGAAGGUUGACUUCAACAGGCCCUGUGACGAGGAAGGUAAUUAUACGUAA